AUGAGUGUACGCGUUGUAACAUAUAACUUAUUGGUACCAAAGUUUGCUGAAAAGCCAGGAUAUUAUAUGAAGUCUCGACGGAAAUUUCUAAGAAUUGAAUAUCGCUGGCCAUUAAUUCAAUCUCAGUUAAAACAAGAGAUUCAAUAUCAUCAGAAUACUAUUUUCUGUUUACAAGAAGUUAGUCGUACUCUAUUACCGACAUUGAAAGCAUUUUUUCAUCAAAUGAAUUAUAUAAUGAUUGAAAGUUUGUUCGGUGAACGGUACAAUGACAAUAUGGGAGUAGCUAUUGCCGUACCUGUUACAAUGCCGUUAUUUUAUAAAAAUUCUAUCGCAGUUGGAGAUCAUAUACGUUCAAUUAUUCCGUCAUUUAAGAAAGAUUUAUUCAGUUUAUCUACAUGGCAGAAUGCUCUAAUGUAUUCAGUUAUAGAUCAAUCUAAACCAUCGUCUAAUAGUCUUUGGGAAUCAGUUAUGUCGUUAAAUAAUGCGCUCGUUUGUGUAGGAGUUCAUAUUCAUGGAAGACCUUUAUUUAUCGGUACAUACCAUAUGCCUUGUCUCUUCCAGAUACCUGAAAUUAUGGUAAUGCAUUCUUCAGCAGUAAAAGAUCUUAUGUUUCAAUUAGCUGCAGGUAAUCCGUUAAUUCUCGCAGGUGAUUUCAAUCUUCAACCUCAUGAUAUCUCUUAUCGAGCGAUAACGGAAAGAGGUUACGCUCGGCAUAUUAAAUUGCCACCAGUUGGUAAUUAUACGAAAAAUUAUCCAUUUAACACUCGACAAUUGUUAAGAAGUGCCUAUCACGAGAAAAAUGGCACUGAACCAAACUACACGAAUUUUUCUACUACUCGAAAGACAAAGAAUUUUUGUGCGACACUUGACUACAUUUUUUUCUCUGGUAAUCUCAUUGUCAAUGAUGUAUUACAAUUACCAAAUUAUCCAACUGGUGAAUCGUAUCCUGACAGAACACAUCCAUCAGAUCAUCUAAUGCUCGCAGCAUCAUUUCAAUUGUUUUGA